CCGUUGAGGGAAAAAGACCAAAACUUCCAUGCCACUGAAUUGAUCCAAGUCUGGAAACAGAUACUCCAAAUCGACAACCAACCCAUGCUCGCAAAGCUUCUUCCUUUCGAUUUGAUUUAGAUUCUCUUGCGGAAUUGGCGGAUGAUGCUAGUUCAUCCACCUCUUGCUUAUCUCAAUCCGAUCAUUUUAUGCAGAGACUUGGGCAAAUCUCUAACCGCAUCUCCCUCGCCAUGUCCUCUUCUCUUCCCUUCCAAGUUGAGGCCCUCAGCUUCUCCGAAACGUCGUUGUUCCAAGGACGAGGACACCCAUGAAGCUUCUUUUCAGGGUUUUCCGGCGCUGGCGUCGGAUGUUCCAUGGGACGGUGAGAGUGUGUGGAGCACAUUUGCGUUCUACUUGCUCAGUUUGCAUAUUCCUCUGAGCUUUGGAGGUCUGUCCGUGGUUGCACAUGUGCUUCGCCGGCCUGUUCUUGAUCCACAGACAGAGGCUUUGUCACUACUUGGAAUUCAGGUCUUUGAGUUCAUUGGAACUGUUUGCCUCCUUAAGUGCACUGCCAAGCCUCUAUUUAAGUUGAUAAGCCUCUUCAAAAGUAACAGGUCACCAAAUGGGAUGAAAACAUGGGUGGCCUCGGCAGUAGGAUUCUGCUCACUCAUCUUUUUGGUUUUCUUCAUCUCAUUCUUCGCCGACAGAGUAGUCGGGCCUAAGGCCGUUAACAAUCUCAUACUCAAGGAGAUCCUUCUAAGCAGCGACAUUUCAAGAGCAGCUUGUGUUCUUGUCUACUGCAUCAUCACCCCUUUGUUGGAAGAAAUUGUUUACCGGGGCUUUCUGCUGACAUCUAUCUCAUCCACAUCGAAGUGGCAGCAAGCCGUUGUCUUCAGCUCCGCUAUCUUCAGCGCCGUUCACUUCUCGGGCGAGAAUUCCUUGCAGUUGUUCAUCAUCGGGUGCGUUCUCGGCUGCUCUUAUUGUUGGAGCGGAGACUUGAGUACGUCCUUCCUCAUUCAUUCCUUGUACAACGCACUGAUACUCGUGAUAACAUAUACAUUAUAAAAGAUUUUGGAUUGA